UACUGGAACCACCCCUCCUACAAAGUUGCCUAAGGUCUCAGAGUCCCUUUGUGAUUUACAGUGUAGUGAGUGAGAUUGAGAGUGUGGGCCUUCUCAGUUGUACCACCCAGAUUGUGGAAUGGCCUCCUGAGGGAAAUAUGCUUGGCCUCAUCUGUUUUCAUUCCAGUGUGAUUUUAGUUACAUACUGUCUCUUUUAUAUUGUUUUUACUAUUUUAAUAAUUUGCUAUUUGUUUUAUUUGUAGCUUUUUUAAAACAGUGAGUUGCCUUGACUAGUUUAUAUAGAAAGUGCCUAUAUAUUGCCUAUAGCAAUGUUGUACUGCCUGUGAUCAACACGCACAUCAGACUUCAGUCGCAGGGAACUUGGGAAAGACCCUUGUGGUUGCCCGAUUCACGUGCAGCCCCCAGUCCCUUGGGGCCCUCCGGUCCCCGCAAAGCAGCUCCCAUACAGCUCUGUGUCUGAAGGGCACUUGUGGAGAGAAAAGAAAGAGGGCGACAGAGAGGUUGAUUUGGGGCAAUACAUCUCUGAGCUGCUCCCAGCAAACAAGGCAAGCCUGCACAAAACUUAAAACGUGCAAACUUAGCAAAAAAGCGCCUCAGAAUAGGAAGAGUGGGUGAGAUGAAAAAACGUCCAAACCGCUCCACACCUUGGGAGGAGGACCUUUGUCCCAUUUCAGUUUCCAGCCCCCACGCCCCGAUAAAAAGUUACAAAGCACUCCAGUUUGGGGCAAGCGGCCCUCAAGAAUGCCACAAGACCAAGACCCCUGUUGCAGGCUGGCUGGAUCCCUAAACAGGAAUACCCGCCGCUGUAACACGAUCUCUGCGCCGUAUAUCCCAUAAUACGCGGGCACCCACUUGAAGUGCGCUGCGUUCCUUCGCAGCUGCGAGAGCCCAGAGUGUGUGCGGCUCAACGUGGAGGAGCACCCGGCCGGUGCAUGCCACAUCACGGCGUUCGCGGCACACAAAGAGCCCCCAGCAUGUGGCUUCAAGGACUCCCUUUUCUUGUGGGUGCCCUGAUCAGUGUCCUGGAUCCCGUCGCCCCCGUCUGCCAACCUGGUCCUGAAGGUCAAGCCCAGUGUCAAUCCCCAGCAGAAAAUAAAGCAAAAUGCGUGGACAUCAGCUUGGGUUCCUGCAAUGAUGUAUCCUAUUCGAAAACACUUUUCCCUAAUUUGCUGGAUCAGAAGUCCAGAGGAGUGAUUGAAUACAGCUCCGAAUAUAUCUUGAUGAGUGUUCUCCACAACUUGCUGCAGGGAGAAUGCAAUCCUGAUCUGAGGUUUCUGGGCUGCUCUAUUAUGGCCCCAAAAUGUGAAGAAGGAAAAGUCAUUAAGCCUUGUCGUAAAGUCUGUGAAGCUCUGAGAAAAAAUUGCCUUCCUGCCUUUGAUGCAAUUGACAUGGCUUGGCCUUACUUCUUAGACUGUGACCGCUUUUUUGUGGAUGAAGCAGAAGGAUGCUUUGAUCCGUUAGCAAAGCUGCGAGGGGAGACUGAAUUUGUGGAAGAUGUCCUCAAUGAGGCUCCUACUCUCAUUCAGUUUACCCACCACUCAUUCCUCCAAAUGGUGAGAGAAUUGAAAAAAGUAGUGUCCAGGUGUUCCCACAUUACCAGCUUGUACAGUAUUGGCCGCAGCUUUGAAGGGAAGGACCUCUUUGUGAUUGAGUUUUCUACUAGUCCUGGACAUCAUGAAUUGCUUAAGCCAGAGUUUAAAUACAUUGGAAACAUGCAUGGAAAUGAAGUUGUGGGGAAAGAAUUACUGCUCUACCUUGCCCAAUAUCUGUGUUCUGAAUAUCUUCUUGGGAACUCCAGGAUCCAGACAUUGAUCAACAAUACUCGAAUACACCUCCUUCCUUCUAUGAAUCCAGAUGGAUAUGAACUUGCAGCAGAAGAGGGGGCUGGCUACAAUGGAUGGACGAAUGGGAGACAAACAGCCCAGAAUCUCGACCUGAACAGGAACUUCCCAGAUUUGACAUCAGAAGCUUACAGGCUAUCAAGGAUCAGAGGGGCACGUACUGAUCACCUCCCAAUUCCACAGUCUUACUGGUGGGGUAAGGUGGCCCCUGAGACUAAAGCUGUGAUGAAGUGGAUCAAAUCCAUCCCAUUUGUACUGUCUGCCAGUCUCCAUGGGGGUGAUUUGGUGGUUUCUUAUCCUUAUGAUUACUCUGUACAUCCAAUGGAAGAGAAAAUGUUCUCCCCGACCCCUGAUGACAAGAUGUUCAAAUUGCUAUCUAGAACCUAUGCCGAUGCACACCCUGGCAUCUCAGACAAGUCAGAAAUGCGUUGUGGUGGAAAUUUUGUGAAACGAGGAGGCAUCAUAAAUGGCGCUGAGUGGUACAGCUUUACUGGAGGAAUGACAGAUUUUAACUACCUUCAUACAAACUGUUUUGAAAUUACUUUGGAGCUUGGUUGUGAGAAGUUUCCCCUGGAGGAUGAAUUGUAUUCACUCUGGCAGCAAAACAAAGAAGCUCUUCUGAAGUUCAUGGAAAUGGCACAUCGAGGAAUAAAAGGAGUUGUAUCUGACAAAUUUGGAAACCCAAUCAAGAAUGCCCGAAUUUCAGUCAAAGGCAUCCGCCAUGAUAUGCUUACAGCUGCUGCUGGGGACUACUGGAGACUCCUGCCUCCUGGUACAUACAUUGUCAGUGCCCAGGCUCGCGGCUAUAGCAAAAUCCUGAAGAAAGUGACUUUGCCUGCCAAGAUGAGCAAGGCUGGACGGGUAGACUUUGUCUUGCGACCCCUCAAUGGUAAGCCCCGCCGAAUUGUCCAUGAGCCCAUGCGGAGAUCAUAUGAGCAAUAUGACCCACUGGAACAUUUUGACCCUCAUGCUCAAUAUGCCCAGCCAGAGCCAAGAAAUGAUGGAGGGCAAUCUGUCCAGCCAAGAGAAAAACCCUGGUGGUGGUCUUACUUCAGUUCUCUAGAUCAACACAAGCCUUUGUGGCUGCUUAAACACCACUAAACUGUUUUAUGUUGCACUCUUCGUCUGAUCACACUAGCAGUUAAUUGCAUUUCCAUUUCUGUCUUGGGUGAUCAUGGAAGUAUUUGAAUCCAGUUCAUUUGUUAAUAUAACAUUGUCUUGCUUUUGUU